GGCAGGUGACCGAGGCUGAGCAGGAGGGACUGCGACUCUGCGCGACUCGGCGCAACGGCCGUCACCACGCCUGACCUCACGAGCGGCGAACGUGUCCGUACCCGCGCCCUCGCGAUCUGGAUUCUGGGGCACGAUCCCGCGGACGCGCGGCGGUCGCACAGGUACGUUCCGCGCGCAGAAUCCAAUUGGCAUGUCCCCCAGUGAGCGCACGCCAGCUCAAUACGCUCAAAAGGAAGAGCGAACGGAGGCUGGGAACUGGCCCCCUGCGGAGCUCAUCCUGCAGCAUAACAUGCCGCAGCGCAGGGCCGCGGCACCCGUCCUCGAGGGACGGGUGCGCCGCCCCGUCGGCUCAAAAGGCCGCAAAUGAGUCGAGGCACGCCGACGGAAGCCGCGGCGCGGAGGGGGACGCCUCCCCAUGGGACCUCAAGGCGGCCGCCGAGGUUCUGACAUGGGUGCAGCGAGGGAGGCGGCCCAAGUGAGGCCAGCCCAGCUGGGUUCGGAGUACCGCACCACACCGCCAGCGCGUCGGCGAUGCGCCGGCGACGUCCAGGAUAUGAGGCGAGCAUCCCACUUCAAUCUACUGUGGCCCCCUUCAACACCCUGCACGAGCCCUUCUCCAUCUCACAUCGGAACAGCUCUGCACAGUGUGUAGAAUGGACAACUGCCCUGGCGGUAACAAAUGGCGGCGCAAAGCAGGAAGCCGCGGGAGCCCGGCAAAGGGACGGGGUGCAUGGUGUCGGACGCUCAAGCAGCGCCCGCCUCGCGCCCCGCCACGGCGCGCCGCCCCGCGAAACCGCGGGGGGAGGAGCGGGAGGAGCGGGGGCAGGGAGGAGCAGGGAGCGGGCGGAAAGAGGAGGAGGAUGAGGAGGGGGAAUGGAAGGAGGAGAAGCGGUGAGACAGUCAGGGCGCACUGAGCAAGCGAAGGCCUACACAGCCAAUACGCGGUAUCUCAGAGAUGCGCUCGUUGUAGCCCGCCAGCCCCCCCCC